CUUUAGACGUCAUUUAAACAAUGUACAGAUAAUAUUAUGUUAAUUUCUCGAUGAUAGAAUGGCAAAAAAAUCUGAAAUAAUAGGGGAUUGGUACCAUGAGAAUAACGUCUCAGUUAUAGAGGAGCCCAGGUUGUUUGAGCGUCACCAAGAAAUGCUUCGGAAUGUGUAUACCCCUGUAGAACUAUCAGCCACUACCCAAAUAUUUGUCGGUCAGAAUUACCAGCUACGAAAUAAAUACUUGAUACCAAAAACCUUAUUAUUUUUGACGGUUUCACUGGAUGAAGUCCAAAUAAUGAAAGGUACGGAUUUCCAGGAUAACUGUUUAACUGUAGCAAGCACAAACGGGAACCCGACCAGAUGCAACACCUUUCAAUUCGUGCACCCGUGCGAAAAAUUGGACCAAUCGCAAAAUAAAAUAUGCUAUGGGGAGGAUUUCUUCAUCAAGUUGUCCAGCAAGGAUUUGUAUUUGAAAUACGAAACCCCCAGGGCCCAUUCCUUGUCCGCUAUUCCCGAGGUACGGCUUACAGACACUCCAGACAGCUAUUGCAAGUUCCAGUUUUACUACUGGAACGAUAAGUACAAAUAUAUGGACUUGCGGACGACAGACCUAAAAUCUCGUGGCUAUAUUAUACAUACAAGAUCUGGGUUACAUCUGUGCGUUGAAGAAUCAAUGAUACCAACCUUGGUGGGCAACGUUUACGAAAUAAAGUGCAGGUGGGGUAAGGACAUUAUAGGGAAUUAUAGUCCUGGGUGUAUAUGGAAGGUCAUCUCCAAUUGGGAUAAAAACCCAGAAAUAAUUCUAAAAAGAUAAUUUAUUACGUGUUUAUUGUGUAUUGUCGAAAGCAUCAAAAUCUGUCAAAUGGUCUUAGGAAAAUCUCAUGUUAUGGUUAUCAAUAUUCUUCUCGAAAAAUCCUUU